AUGGGCGGGCGCGCCGUAGACGCAAACGAAGUCUUCUUCGACGCCUACCAUAUCCCCGCUUCCUGCCUCGUCGGCCGCGAAGGCGAAGGCUUCAAAAUCAUCCUCGGGGGCAUGAACGCAGAGCGGUGUCUGCUCGCAGGCGAAGCCCUCGGAUUAGGCUACGCGGCCCUCACAAAAGCCGCUGCCUACGCGCGCUCACGCCACGUCUUCCAGCGGCCCAUCGGCAUGAACCAAGGCAUAUCACACCCCCUCGCGGACGCGUACAUGCAGCUUGAAGCCGCGAAACAUGUCACGUACCACGCGGCGCGGUUGUACGAUGCGAGUAAAACGGAUGAGAGUAUCAGGCAGGAUGCGAUUGGGGUUGCGGCGAAUAGCGCAAAGUAUCUUGCGGGUGAGGCGGCGUUUACGGCGUGUGAGAGGGCGGUGAUAGCGCAUGGGGGUAUGGGGUAUGCGGCAGAGUAUGAUGUGGAGCGGUUUUUGAGGGAGUGCUUUGUACCGAGGAUUGCGCCGGUGAGUAGGGAGAUGGUGUUGAAUUAUAUUGGGGAGAAGGUUUUGGGGUUGCCGAGGAGUUAUUGA